AUGCCCAAAGAAAACCUACUGCGCAUCAAGCGCAGCGACAGUCCCGGCGAUUACAUCUUGGUUCACGUUACUAGGCCAGGAACUGAGGACCUCGAUCUAAAGCUCGUCGCCACAGAAGGGGAAGCCCCGUACAGAGCCUCAGUAAAAUCCGUGCAAGUAAACAAACUACGUGCCAAAAAUUACCACGGCGGAGAUGAUGAGUGGACGGGCAUUCUUGCGUAUGCGCUUGGGCAGAGACAGUCAACCUCAGUGCCCGAGGAGCAUAAGGCCGGAUUGAAGGUCGUGGCGGCUGUGAAGCAGGACGAGGAUGAUGAGAGCAGGAAUGAGAUUGUUAUUACGCUGAUGAAGAGGAUUGAUACAAUUACGCAAAGACUAGGAACAAUAGCCCUCAAACAAGAUGACGAUCAAGCCAUCCAGCUUUUCGACUGGACCGGCAUCGCCAUAUCCCGAGCAGAAGGCCUCGAGAACCAGCUCCUCUCUCUAACGGCCAAAUACACCGCCGCAGAGAGUAUCAUUAGCAAACUCAACGCACAGCUGCAGGAGCUAAUCAAGGAGAAAGCGCAGCAUGAUGAUCAGCUCAUCGCCAAGUUCUCUCAGUUGCUCAAUGAGAAGAAACUGAAGAUUAGGAAUCAGCAGCGGCUGUUGGCGAUGGCAAGGAUUGAUGGGGAUAAAGGUGCAGUUCAUAUUCUUCUGAAAUUAUUUUGCAAGUUUUGGACAUGUUCGUUAAAUGUCCACCCUGCUAAUCCUCCAUAUGCACCCACCAUAGAAUCCAGUGUUAGACAACGCCAUCCCAAACGCAAAGCGCCUGAACUGUCCAUCUCAUCUGAAAGCGAGGAUGGCUUUGAUACCAUGGACGUAGAUCAGGGUGGAAACCCAGCAACCAACAAAUCCACCACCACCACCAACAGCAAUAACAACAACAAUAAUAAUACAAAUGACACCUCCGCCGUUAACCCCGACGCCGAAGACGACCUCUCGUCCACCUCAGAGCGCCAAGAUACCCCUGACCCCCUCGAAGACGAGGAUGAGGAAACUGCCACAGAAGAUGAAAUGGAUCCGCCACAAUCACCUCCAGCACCAGCAGCGCCGGCAGCCACAGCUGUGAGUGACGGCAGGAAGCGAGGCGCGUGUGCAUCGUCGAAGCAGCCCGUGGCAUCAUCACCGACGACGAGGACGGCUAGAGAGCCGAUGACUAGCCCACCCCCACGUCGGGAGUUGCCGUUUGUGAGGAGGAUGGGGCGUGGGAAGGCGCCUAUGCCUUUCCCGGAUGAGGAUGAAGAUGAGGAUGAUGAACUGUGA